AUGAGAAGAAGUAAGGUCAUGAGCAUCCAAGAGAUGCCUAGUGAUAGUGCUCGAACAAGACGAGGUUUAUGUGCAACGUGUGCCUCAAACGAGGGUUUGCAAGAUUCUAAGAUAAUAAACAUAAAGAGAAGAGAGGAGAAAUUCAAAAAAUAUGAAUAUAAAUUCGGAAAAUUAUGUAAGUCAAUAUUUAAGUCAAAAAAAGGCAAUGGACUUUUGGUUAGAAGUAAUGGAACACAUUUUUUGCAAUGCGACAUCUUAGCUACAAAUACGUGGAUUGAAGUGUCGUCGUUGAUCCUUCAUCCUCUUCCUCUUCCUCUUGAUUCGAACUCGUUCCUUCCCUUUUCCUUCUUCUCUGAGCAACAAAAUCGGGCAGCAAACCCAACAUUCAUUGAGGCCACGAACACCACUUCACACGGUGGUUCUGCAACCCUAACCGGCGUCCCCUCUCUUGAUUCUAGCAUUGGAUUAAAGCUUUUUAUCCCAGAUAUUAUUGAUGAAAAUCAAAAUGGUUUGGGUGCUUUAAUUAAGCAAGCCUAUCAUUCCAGGAUGUUAAAAGGUGUGUCUAUUGCUCGUGAAGCCCCUACUAUUACUCACUUACUUUUUGCAGAUGAUAGUAUCAUUUUUACUCAUGCUAUUGUUCAAGAGGCCACUUUUAUUAGUAAUAUUUUACGUCGAUAUGAGGAGCUUUCGGGUCAAAAAGUCAAUCUGAAUAAAUGUAAGAUUUCUUUUAGUAGAAAACUUAAUGCUCAUAUCUCCUUUGGUUCCUUACGAGAUAGAGUUUGGAAAAAGCUUCAGGGGUGGAAAGAAAAGUUGUUGUUUAGAGCUGGGAAAGAAGUUCUCAUCAAAGCUGUUAUUCAAGCCAUUCCUACUUUUGCUAUGAGUUGUUUCAAGCUUCCCGUUGGUCUGUGUCAUGACUUUAGUUCUAUGGUCCAGAAAUUUUGGUGGGGUAUCCCUAAAGAAAGGAAGGGUAUUUCGUGGAAAGCUUGGGAUCUUCUUUGUCAGCCUAAAUUGAUGGAUGGGUUGGGUUUUAGAGAUUUCGAGAUCUUUAACCAAGCUAUGUUAGCCAAGCAAUUAUGGUGUUUUCAUUCUCGAGAGGAUUCCUUGAUAGCUCGCAUUUUUAAGGCCCGUUAUUAUCCAAAUAGUAAUGUUUUGGAAGCUCGUGUGGGUCAUUAUCUGAGUUAUGGUUGGCGUAGUAUUUGGGGUUCUCGGAAAAUUUUGGAUAUUGGUGUUCGUUGGAAAGUCGGCAAUAGGCGACAUUUCGACAGCAAUGAGACUCUUGAUAAGUUCAUUGACCAAGAUAGGAAAGUGUGGAACGUGCAGUUGAUAAAGGACACGUUUCUUCCCUUCGAAGUGGAUAAAAUCCUAAGGAUUCCUAUUAGUGUUAGUGGGGCUAAAGAUGAGCUGUGUUUGGCCCUUAGUAAGGAUGGUGUUUUUCGAGUCAAGGAUGUGUAUAAACACGCUAUUAGUUCUAUUGAUCAUGCAUCUUGUUCUUCUGGUCCCGAUCCCUUAUGGACCAAGAUUUGGAAGUUGAACGUUCCUCCUAAAAUUCGUGAAUUCGCCUGGCAUGCUUGUUGGGAUAUUAUCCCUCAUGGGGUUAAUCUUAGUCUGAAAGGCAUUCCGAAUUUUGUGUAUUGUCAGCGUUGUGGUAGUAUGGAAUCCUUGAUUCACUUACUUUGGGAUUGUCCUUGGGUGAAGGAUGUUUGGAAUGAUUUGAUUUUUGACAAAGUUUCAAUUCCUCCUCUUCUUUGUGUUGGGAAAGUCUUGGAUUGGCUUAAAGACUAUCAGAAAGUUGUAAUCCUUGAUCGUCCGAGUUCAAAAGUUCCUAGGGAUAAAGCCAAAUUGAAAGCUCCUCCUUUGCAUAGUAUUAAAAUUAAUUUUGAUGGGGCGUUCUCUAUCGAUGGUGAUAAGUUAGGGUUCAGUUUCGUGGCUAGAGAUCAUCAUGGAAAAUUCCUGUUAGUGGGGUCGAAGUCUGAGUGGUUUGGUGGGUCUGCUUUUGUGGCGGAAGCCAAAGCUCUUGUUUCGGCUGUUAAGGUUUCGAAGUUUCAAGGAUGGGAUAGCGUGAUGUUCGAGGGAGAUUGCAAAAUCCUCAUCGAUGCCAUGAAGGAGAAGGGCAAAAGGGGCUUUCAUCUUCAGACUCUUAUUGAGAAUUGUCUUUCGAUGGCUCAAUCUUUUUUCUCCGUGACUUUUCUUUUUUGUUUCUGUGAAUGUAACGAGGUUGCCCAUAGGUUAGCUAAAUGGGCUGUUAGUAGUUUUUGUGAUGAGACCUGGGUUGAUGUGGCCACGUCUUGGUUAUUGGACGCUUUGUAUUCUGAUGUUUCAUUUAUAGAAUCUUAG